GUGGAAAAUAAAUGAGACUAUUAUUAGAGACCCAAACCAACCAUACGUUAUGCCGAGCUAUAAGAGUGCCCACCAGUCUUCACAUAUCCUCCAAUAUAUGGCAACCGACAUGAAUUGGGAAAUUGACUCACAAAUAGCGGCCGUUUUGCUGGACAUCGACAACACAUACGAGUCGUGUUUUGCCGGCAAUAUUACAGAUAAACCGUUUUGCGAUCAAAUAACUGACACACGAAAAGACCCGUAUCUGGACUUUAUCUUUUACAAAAGAAGCCUAGAGUUCCCACAACUGAAGCAAAUGUGUAACAAUGCAUACGAAGUGCCGCUUAAAGAGGCGCAACAUUCUGGAAAUUUGCCCACAAAUGCGAUUUUACUGCCAAUUAGUGGUUAUCUUCGUAUGAAAUACAAUACAUUCGUGAAGAAUAGUAACGGAACUCAUAUAGAAGUGGAGUACGAGAGGACUGUCAUUAUAUUUGAGAAGUCGGUGACCGAAAACGUAAUGGUUUUGUCCGACUCGUCACACAUUCUGACCGAUGUUUCCGAUUAUUUGAAGACAAUUCACCACAUCAUCCGUUUGCAAGACAUCAACCGUUUGAUCGCAUUUCCAAUGAAAGCCGGCAUUAAUACGAGUUUAUCGCAAGUUCACUCACAAAUCAAAUCCUAUCGAUACUCAACAACUGGUAUUCAUCCCAAACAAGAGGACGAUAUGUGUUCGGCAGUGUUUAAGCUCACUGUCGACACGGACUAUACCGUUGUGUCCGCGGUUUCCAAUCCUUCCUCCGCAGUGAACGAUACGCAAGACUUUAUUAUACUUCGGUUUAAAUCUUUGUUUUAUAAAAACGGAAAAAUUUAUGGAUACGGGAAAGAAGACGACGGCACGUUAUGGGAUAUGUCCAUUAAGAAUACGAAGUAUUAUAUUACUCCCUCUUCUGAAAAAUUGAAAGACCUGUUCGCGUGUCCGCACAGAUAUAUCUAUCUUCCAGUCAGUAAUCGUAGAAAAGGUGUUUGUAAUGAAAAGAUUGAAUCCAAUGAAAGGCACAGUGUUUUCAAUAUCGGUCUUAAGUUAUACCACCAAAAGGAUCGAUAUUUCUAUGUUUACGACAAAAGAAGAAAACAAUUUGAUUUAGAUAUGGAUAUCACACAACUAUUGGCCUAUUAUUUCAACACGAGAGAACGUGUUGUCGGAUAUACAGUGGACUACGAUUUUGCCUCAAAAGUGAGAAACGGAUCGGAAACAUAUGAAGUGGUAUUUCACGGCAAAAGUCACCCAAAGUAUCAAAUGUUGGGACAAAACAUAUUCGCAAUGUUUUCAAUGAGAAUUGAUUUGGGCGUAAAAUCAUUGCUUCCGAUCACUAAUACCUCUCGAUUUAUAGGUAAGAGUUUUAUUGCCAUUACAUUUGGUUCGGUGUCAACGAUAAUCCCCAGCAAUCAGUCGAUCACAGCAAUCGGCGUUUCCUAUUGGAAGUCUCAGUCAUACAUGUAUUGGCUCACAAACCCUAUGCACUUACGGGCUCUCUAUUAUGUCUCAGACACCAAAUGGAGAUUUUUGUUUCCUUUUGAGCAUAACUUCGAUAUUAAGUAUUGGAAUGAAAUGAAAGCCGUUCUCAACGGAAAAGUCAUCGGAUUUUUCACUCUUGAAUCCGACAAAACGCCAAUGAUUUACGCUCUCAUUGAAGAGUCUGUUUACAGACAAAAUAAGCUCAGGAUUUAUGAAAUCACAAGAAAGCCGUUCUCAACGGAAAAGUCAUCGGAUUUUUCACUCUUGAAUCCGACAAAACGCCAAUGA